CACAACCGUCAGAGGAACCAAGAGUGCCCACUGGCUCUGUAGCCUGGGGAGGGCAUGUGCACACGUGUGUGCACGUGUGCAGACCUGUGACCUCAGGGCGAGGCUCACAGUCCCCCAAACCCAGUCAGACAUGUCAUCCAAGCGCUCCUGUGCCGGCACGGGGCUGGGGGCCUCGUCACUCACUCACCCUUUUGGUGGCAUCUGUGGGUCGGAGCCCACGUUGUCCCUGCCAUACAAGCAGGGAAAAUGCUGAGUGUGUGCAGGGCCCGGGUCCAGACUCACCCCACUACCCCAUGGAGCAAAGAACUGAGGGUCUGCCUUGAAGUCCAAGGUCAUUCGAGGAGAAACUGCAGAUCGUGGGGUCUGAAAGUAUAAGUUAGGUCAGAGAAGCUUCUGGGUGCUUCCAGGCAGAUCCAGUUUGGCAAAUCCCAACUGCCAAUACCUCCCUCCGAAGGGUCUGAAAGUUUCCACGUGUUGCUGUUUACUGUGGACCAGGCAGUUCGUACAUCAACGCGUAUUAUCCCCCGAAACCCUGCACGGUGGACAGGGUUGUCCACAGUUCACUCACUGAUGAGAAAACGUAGGCUCAGAAAUGUGUGACUUGACCAGAGCUGGCCCGAGACUGGGUCCCCAGAGCCUGUGCCCUUCACCACAAGCCCUCACUUCCUUGAGGGGACCACAGGGACCGUGGGGACCAGAGCCAGCCCGUGCCGGCUGGGGAUGAUUCCAAACCAGACGCCCUUGGCCCUGGCUCUGAGUAAUAGCACGCACGAGACCGCGGCUCUACGCCAGCUCACGAGGCUCAUCACCUGUCUCUGACUGGGCUGGGGCUUGGGCGUUCGGGCGCUGAGGGCGGAAAGGAGCUGCGAGCCUGGGGUCAGAGGCCUUCCUUGUGCUCCACCCCACUCCACCCCAGUCCCUGAACCAGCUCUUAGGAAGCGAAAGGCCAAGGAAAAGCCAAGUUCCUCUUGCAGGUUUCCUUUCUGCUUCUUAAAAAGCGUUUUGCAAGGAGUGCGGCCACUGUGAGUGGGAGAGUGGGUGCCUUCUGAACAGGCGCCAGCCUGGCUUGUGCCGAGGUGGGGGCGCGGUGGCUCUGGAAGAGCCCGGAGAUCCCAAGGACAUGUGGGCGCUUUAGAAACUCGAGGCCCUGGAGUAGCUCGAGGCUCAGGGCGGGAGACGGCCUGCUAGGCAGGUGUCGUCCUAAAUUGGGAUCCUCAAUAAAAUAAACAGAAAACAGAGAUGAGGGGUACAAAAUGAGCAAAGUCACAUUCGGAACCGUUCCUCCUAUAGUGGCCCCGGUUUUGCUAACACCGAAUGACGGACGCAUUUCGAUAGAGAAGUGUGUUUCUUGUUGUGGUAAGUUACGUGAAAUUUACCAUCUUCGCCAUUUUUGAGUUCCGCGGCAUUAAGUGCAUCUCCGUGGUUGCACAUCCAUCUCCCAAGCUUUUUCGUCCCAAACGGAAACUGUCCCCAUUAAACACGGACUCCCCCUCCCGUCCCCCAGGGACCUCAGACAGGUGGAGUCACAUGGUGUCUGGCCUUCUGCGACUGGCUUCUUUCACAGUGAAGCGUCCGCAGGGUCCAUCCGUGUGGUAGCAGGUGUCGGAAUCAAUAGUGAUGACAAUGGCACUAGUAGCCACCAACUGCCAGCAUGUGCUUCGUGCCCUGCGUCAGGCUGGCACGUUCCUGUCCUCAUUUUCCAGUGACCCCAGCAGGGACAUGUGUCCAAGUCGGGUUGAGGGAGGACCAGUCCUCCUGACUGGGGGUCUCACACCAGGGAGGAGGCCACUGAGACUUGAGCAAGGCCUGUGGGGUUCCCGAGGCCGAGCUCGGGCGUCCCGGCUGCCUGCCCCUGCCCUGGAAGGCCGGGCCCCUCAGCCUCCAGGAGGUGAGAGCCAAGCUCCGGUCCAGCAGCGCAGCGAGGUGCAGAGGAGGCUGCACGGAGCUGGCCCGGCGGCAGGGCUGAGUGCGGUGCUUCGAGACGGGAGCGACUCAGGUUUUCUUGUUUCUGCAGCUUCUAAGAUGGACCAACCAGGCGGGGGCGAUUCAGGCUGCAGGGUGCUUCCUCUUUUGGGCGGGCAAGAGCCGAAGGGAGGGCCCCGGAAGCCUCCAGUGCUGGCUGUGGCUCUGGGGAGGGCCCGGUGGGGGAGACAUGGAGAUGAAGGGCCGGACCCUAAGCAGAGGGCUCUGGGGGUGCUGGUCCUACGCCCCAGACCCCAGAGCUGGGAGGGAGAACCUGUCCAGCUGGGAGCUCCCAGACCUCCAGGAGGGCAAGAUCGAGGCCAUCAGCGACUCGGAUGGGGUGAACUACCCCUGGUAUGGCAACACCACGGAGACGUGCACCAUCGUGGGCCCCACCAGGAGGGACUCCAGGUUCAUCAUCAGCAUGAACGACAACUUCUACCCCAGCGUCACGUGGGCCGUGCCCGUCAGCGAGAGCAACGUGGCCAGACUGACCAACAUCUACCGCGACCAGAGCUUCACCACGUGGCUGGUGGCCACCAACACCUCGACCAAUGACAUGAUCAUCCUGCAGACCCUACACUGGCGCAUGCAGCUCAGCAUUGAGGUGAACCCCACGCGGCCCCUGGGCCAGCGCGCCCGGCUGCGGGAGCCCAUCGCCCAGGACCAGCCCAAGAUCCUGAGCAAGAACGAGCCCAUACCGCCCAGCGCCCUGGUCAAGCCCAAUGCCAAUGAUGCUCAGGUCCUCAUGUGGCGGCCCAAGUACGGGCAGCCGCUGGUGGUGAUCCCGCCCAAGCACCGGUGACGGCGGGGCGCCGCUCACGCAGACUCCAGUGGCGACCCAGCCCCACACGGACGCCCCUCAUUCAGCAAAAUACAACCAUUCUACCUUGUCCAGCGGCAGUCUCACUGUGCGCAUGCCCUGGGAUGGCCUCCCACCCCCUCGGACGGAGCCGCUUCCUCGAGGUGAUGGGGGGGGCAGCCAGGACAGACCAGCCCUGUGUGCGCCCAUCAGUGUCACUGGGGGUCCCCUUUCCUUUCCUCUCCUCAGUCAUUCUCUGGCAACAGACUCUGACACAACUGCUUUUCCGUUUUUUUUGUUUGUUUGUUUGUUUUUGAAUGCCUCUUUAGGAGGUUCAGGGGCGGGAGGAGGAGGAGGAGCUGGCGAGGGACAGACCGGCUCUUGCUCCUGUGGCGGCUCCCCUCGUCCUCCCUCUUGUCACGCGGCCUUACGUAGAAUCGCUUUGCCAAACUUCUGCCUUAAGUUGAAUUUCAGGGAAAGAAACCGAACCAGACUGAGGGAGCCAGGUCUCUUUUCCACUGGACUCUCCAUCCUCUGCCAGAGGGGGGGUGGCUUCGGGGGGGAGAGAGGAACCACCUGCGCCCCCUGCCCCGGGGUCUCCGUCCUAAGACAGGCUGCUCGUUCUUGCGUCUCAGCAGAAACGCAGCCACAGACAGACGCCACUUAAAGGGCCCCAGGUAGAGCCCCUGGCCCCCACCUGCAGAGGAAGGUCAUGAGCUCUGGCCCGUCCCCUGUCUGGGCCCCUUCUCUCCUGUGAGUCCCAGGUUGAGCCCUAGGGAGCUCUCACCCUCUGUCCUCAGUGUCUGUCCCCAGAUGGCCUGCCCUCUCGUCCCAGUGUGUGGCUCUCCCUGUCCGUCCACACAGUCCCAACCACCCCGAGGGCUGGGCCAGUGACCCGGUUUUAGUUCUAAGGGGAGAAGAAUGGCACACUCUUCCCUCCAGGCUCCUCAGGGAAUGCCCCUCCCGGGGCUGGGGUGGGGGGCUGCGGACUGGCCCGAGCAGCACAGAGCUGGAGGUGGGGCAGACCCCCAGGAAGGACCUGGGCAUGUGGGGGGGUCAGCUGGCACCCCCAGCUGCCUGUCCUCAAGGAAGUGAACCAGGGCCCAGGCUGUGGGACUGAAUGGGCCCAGGGUCGAGAGGCAUCAGGGCCGCUGCGGAGGUUGGCCUGGGACAGUGCGGUCGGUUGUUGAGGGCCACCCUCCCCGGAGUCCUGGGCCCCUGCAGCCCUGGGAUUUGGUUCUGAGUGACACCAAGCUUUCUCAGCUAUGUCCGCUCUGAAGGCCGAGCACCAGCGCUGCGGGGAGCACCCCACGGCAGCCCCCUCCCUCCAAGCUUGCCCCACCCACAGCUGCAACAUCCAGGUCCCGCAUUCAAACUAGUAAUAGUCAAGCACAGGAAGUCCAUUGGGUAAGAAAAACAACUCGUUUCUGCCGCACACGAGCCCCUCAUGGGGCCCCAGGGACAGCACGGGAGGGCGUCGGGCGCCAACCCUCGCUCCGCUGUGUUGCCACGUGAUGAGGCAUUUACUCAAGGGGUGCUCACCGCCCAGGCCCACUCCCGAGCCCCACCCGAUGGGGGCGCACGGCCAUCCUGGGGCAGCUGGGUUGACGGCCAGCCGCUCUGUGCCACUGGCCUCGGGCCCGAUGAGCGGGGAAGCUGCCAGUUCCCGUGGUGCCACCCAGACAGGCCGUAGCCUUGGGGGAGGGGAACAGUGGGUCCCCGCUCCACCCUGGGGCACUGAGUCCAGCUGCCCAGGACAGGGCCUGGCCUGCCGGUGGAGUGGCCGUUCUCUGCACUCGGGUCUAGCCCUACAGAGGAGAACGGCCCUGGCGAGGGGUCCGGAAGCUGGGUCCCAGCUCAGAGGUUCUUCCCGGGGUGGAGGGUGGAGGGUGGGAAAGAGCAGCGAGGGGCGUCCUGAGCUGUUUGGGGGCAGAGUCCCUGCCAGCCCAGACUUGGCCAGUGUGACCAAACCCACCUGGAAGGGACGACCGCUGCACGUCUGGUCCUCAGCUCCCACCCGCCCACUGCCCCUUUCCGUGCCCCUUGGACCUUUCUGAAGACCCUGGGGCGGCUGCAGGUCUGGCCACAGGUGCCGGGCUGAGCUUGGGGCUGGUCCCUUGGCAUCCUUCCUCAUGUCAGCAGCACAGACCCCCGGGCUCCUGGCCGGGUCCCCAGCUCCCCACCCCCUCCCCCAGAGUGGACACGCCCGUCCAGCAGUAAGGGCUGUCCGGUCGUGGACAGUACUGUGAAAACAAGCCAGUGCACUUACCAGGAGGCGCGCGGCUGGGAGAAAAUGUAAAAUGAACCUUUAAAAAAAUAUUCACAAAGAAAAAUAAAAUUAAUU